AUGGCUGAGUUGCGGCCGGUUCCAGGGGGCCGGGAAACCCCGCAGGGGGAGCUUCGUCCAGAGGUACAGGAUGAAGCCCCUCGGAGCCCAGUCGCAGAGGAGCCGGGAGGAGGUGGAAGCAGCCGCGGGGAGGCCAAGUUGUCCCCAAGAGAAGAGGAAGAACUGGAUCCUAGAAUCCAGGAGGAGCUGGAGCACCUGAACCAGGCCAGCGAGGAGAUCAACCAGGUGGAGCUGCAGCUGGAUGAGGCCAGGACCACCUAUCGGAGGAUCCUACAGGAGUCGGCGAGGAAGCUCAACACGCAGGGCUCCCAGCUGGGGAGCUGCAUCGAGAAAGCCCGGCCCUACUAUGAGGCCCGGCGGCUGGCUAAGGAGGCCCAGCAGGAGACACAGAAGGCAGCGCUGCGGUACGAGCGCGCUGUGAGCAUGCACAAUGCUGCCCGGGAGAUGGUGUUCGUGGCUGAGCAGGGUGUCAUGGCUGACAAGAACCGGCUGGACCCCACGUGGCAGGAGAUGCUCAACCACGCCACCUGCAAGGUUAAUGAGGCGGAGGAGGAGCGGCUUCGUGGCGAGCGGGAGCACCAGCGGGUGACACGGCUGUGCCAGCAGGCUGAGGCGCGGGUCCAGGCUCUGCAGAAGACACUCCGGCGGGCCAUUGGGAAGAGCCGCCCCUACUUUGAGCUCAAGGCCCAGUUCAGCCAGAUCCUGGAGGAGCACAAGGCCAAGGUGACAGAGCUGGAGCAGCAGGUGGCCCAGGCCAAGACCCGCUACUCGGUAGCCCUGCGCAACCUGGAGCAGAUCAGCGAGCAGAUUCAUGCCCGGCGCCGGGGUCUUCCCCCUGGGCCUCCUGGCCAACGGCGCUCCUCCCCCGUGGGGGCCGAGGCUGGGCCUGAUGGCAGCGAGGACGGGGACAGUGGGAUCCUGGAGGGAGCUGAGGGGGGUGGCCUGGAGGAGGGCGGUGGCCUGGGGCCCGGGCCCGGCCCUGACACAGACACGCUGAGCCUACUGAGCCUGCGCACCGUGGCCUCGGACCUGCAGAAGUGUGACUCCGUGGAGCACCUGCGGGGCCUCUCAGACCAUGCCAGCCUGGAUGGCCAGGAGCUGGGGCCCCGGAGCGGCUGGCGCAGGGGCAGUGACGGCAAGGGCCGUGCGGGCCGCCACCAGCGCAGCAUCAGCCUGUAGCUCCGUUCGGCGUGGCUGGUCGUCUCUGUCACUGGCUCGGUGGGCAGGGCAGGCCCCGCGCCCUCUCCUGGGGUCUGGCUUCCCCAGGCAAGGUCAGGCUGGCCGGCUGAGUCCUGCGUGCGAGGCUUCCCACCCCGCACCCCCACCCUUCCGUGCAGGUGGCAGCUCUUUGCCUUACCCCUUCAGAGGGCUUGUGUCUGGCGCUCACAUCUCCCCUUGCCCUGCUGGCUGCCCACAGUCUGUCUGAUGCCCUCUGCUGUUUCUCCUUCCAGGGUCUGGCUUUUUCCUUCAGGGAACUUAGUCUAGGAGGCACAGCAAAGCCUGUCAGGGUGGGUGCUAGGCCCUCAGCUUGCAGGAACUCCAGGUGCCCUUCUCCCGGGGCUCCCUUGGGCUGCUUCAGAGCCCUCCUGGCCACCCUGCAUCCCGGGCCUCUGUCCCAGCCUGUGGGUGGCCUGUCAGGCGUGCUGUGGAAGACAGCACUGCUCCCCUCAGCACUCCCUUGGGACCUCAGCCACUUUGCUACGUGUGCCCCAAAGCAGGACGUGAAGGAUGGUGGUGUCAGGAAAGGUGAAACCGCCCCAGUGUCAGCAUCAGUGACACUCCCCAGUCCGUGCGUGCUCCCAAGUGCAUGGUGGUUCCCAGAUGGGCUGGGCCCUUAAUGCUGCCAAGGUGCUAGUGGGUCUCCAGCAGGGCCCAUGUCGGGGGUUGCACUGAGGGCCUGAUGGCUGAGGCCUUUGCUGUCUCUACUGCAGUCAGGUUCACUCUUCUGGGAUGAGGAGCUGAGGAUGCCAGCUGACUCUCAGUGGCCUCCUCCGGUGGAGUUAGGGAAUCUGGUGCUCAACUGCUGUCCCUUGCUCUUCCCUAAACCAAACAAUACCUACUCCCGGACCCCAUGGGGGUGCUCCAGUCUGGCUGCUGAGUCUGCUGAUGUGCAGACAGGUUGGCUGGUUUGAAGGGACCCACUUGCCACUGGGAGCAAGCAGCUCCAGGUGUCUGGUGGUGUCCAACCUGUGUGGGUGGAAAGUGGGGAAGCCACACUGGAUCUGGGUGCCUUGGGAGAGCCAGACCUCUGUCCUGCCCCAUCCCUGGGGGAGUGAGAGUUGGGCCCUGGGCAGGAGAGCUUGUGCCCAGGCUUGCAUGCUGCUGCCAUCGGCUGGGAGGGGUGGGCCUUUACGUGCAGGCGCCUCUCAUGGGUCAUGAUGAGAACUGCCAGGUUUGAGGUGGCCAUGGGUGUAGGGAAGCAAGGAGGAAUUGGGUGAGCGUGCGUGCAUGUGCUGGUGUGUGUGUGGGUAAAGGGUCUGCCAUCGGUUUUAUUUAAAUAAAAUAGUUUAUGUAUGUAGCAGUAA